AUGGAGGUUGGCUAUCCGACAGUAUGCGCCAGCUGCGGGAAGCAGGCAACCAUGCGGUGCGCUGGAUGCACAGGUGCGCCAGACUACGAUCCCGGAGAUUCCAUGACAGUUGUUUACUGCGGCCGAGACUGUCAAAUAAAGCACUGGAACGAUCACAAAAGCCGUUGCCGUGCUAUGAAGCAACGAAAAAUAUUACUGAGAGCAGCCAACAUCCUUCGAGCAGCUUUGUUGACUUAUCGAGAGAUGUUAUAUGACAUCGAUCUCACAAAAAUUGAAGCUAAAGAUGGAAUACUUUAUCUCUACCAAAACCAAAGAGCUGUCACAUCUCGUGUCAAGUGGAGGCCUUUUCCAAAUCAUUUGACCUCCAAUACCCAGCACAGGGAGGCAGCUCUCACUGUCAACCAGUGCACGAUGGCCACCGCGAUAUUAAGCCGUCUUACCAGAAAGCUUCUCACAGGUGUACACUCGAAUAUCGAGGUAUUGGAUGUUCUAAUCGGAAAACCACUACUUCCACCGAAGCUGAUUCCUGGCCCCGACUUAAGUAACUGCCCGCAUACGGUGAUUAAGGUUAGGCUAUCAGCCACGACAGAGUCGUGGGUAAUUGACACAGCAGGGUGUCAGUAUGGAUUUCGAGAGGUUCUGGUUCCAUUCAACAAGUAUAUUGCAGAUAAGGCCUGUCAAGUAAGCGAGCCCACGACAUACAAUUGGACCGAAACGAAAGACUUGGAUUAUUUCUCUACACUGCCUUCCAUGAGCAAAUUUCGAGCCCAAAGGCAGAACCGGGAAGUGGAACGAAAGGCUCGUUUACACUUCGCCGAUUUCGUUGACAAACACAUCAAUGCCAAUAUACUGGAUGGUUCUGCUUCCGAGUUUAGCAAUAAGCUUGCCGGUUUAGUCGAUAGGUUGAAGAUACAUAUGCUGAGCUUUGCGGAAUCUCAGAACGGAACUCGGGCCUGA